CUUUCCUCUUUCUAUACACAUUCAAAAUGGCGCAGCGAGCGGCUGUAAAGACUACAUAUGCGGUAGAUCGUACCAUUCAACCGAUAUAUUCUGGAGGAAGCGUUACGCUGAGUGGGAAUGGCCGCAUCCUGGCCGCUUGCGUCGGCGAAGAUGCCGUGCUCACAGACUUGACCACAGGAGGGGAAUUGGCAAGAAUUGAAGGAGACGGAGAGGCCAUCACAGCCCUUGCAAUCACGCCGUCUGCCUCCCAUCUAAUCGUCUGUUCUCGGUCGCUUUCGAUGCACAUAUACUCCCUCGUGCUAUCCAAAUCAGAGCCAGGUGCUGUUGAAUUGGAGCAUCUGAAGACGUUGAAGCCACAUACUACGCCCGUCGUAUCUCUGAAGGUGGAUGAGACUGGGACUCUCGUCGCUACUGGUGGCGCCGACGGCACAGUCAAGGUCUGGGAUAUUCAAGCAGGUUACUUUACGCAUACCUUCCAUGGGCACGGUGGCGUAGUAUCUGCCCUCUCGUUCUUUCAGGUCGAAGUUACGCGAAGAGAAGGUGGCGGCAAUGGCAAGAAGAGGAAACGGAGCAAAUCCAGGGUAGAAGAGCAAAAUGGUGUGGAGGAGGGAGAAAAGGUGCUGGAGUAUCGUCUCGCAUCCGGUGCAGAAGACGGAAAGAUACGCAUAUGGGAUCUUCAUAAAAAGAAAAGCGCCGCCGUUCUGGAUUCUCACGUUUCUGUUGUCCGGUCGCUGGACUUCAACCUAGCACAGAAUACACUGGUGUCUGGAAGCAGGGAUAAGACUCUCAUUAUGUGGGAUGCCCGGACAUGGAAAGUAAAGCGGACACUCGCCGCCUUGGAGGGCAUUGAAAGCGCCGGAUUUAUCUGCGACGGCCAGAUUAUCUAUGCAGGAGGCGAGAACGGCUGCAUAAGACUGUGGGCAACUGCUACUGGGGUCGAACUGACGAAAGAGCAACCAGCAGGUCUAGAGACGGAUGCUAUUGUCGACAUACUAUCUCAUGCAGAUCUCUCCUAUCUUAUAUCCGUCCAUGCCGAUCAGGUACUGAAGUACCACUCGCUGAAACCUUUGGAUUCCCUUUUGGUGGAGGACAAGAUCGAUCCGCUCCCCGUUUUUAGGCGAGUAUCAGGAACCCAUGACGAAGUCAUUGACCUGGCUUAUGUGGGCUCCGACAAAUCGCUCCUUGCACUGAACACCAAUUCUGAGGACGUACGAAUCGUAUCAUUGGAGGCAUCCGACGCUGGUUCGGAUGAAGGCAAGUAUUUUGGCGCCGAUGUAGCCUUGCUGAAGGGCCAUGAAGAUAUCAUCAUUUGUCUGGACGUUGACUGGUCUGGGCACUGGCUUGCAACAGGCGCCAAAGAUAACACUGCUCGACUGUGGCGGCUUGACCCCGAGAAUAGCUCAUACACAUGUCAUGCAGUGUUGACAGGCCACGCGGAGUCCCUUGGAGCUAUAGCACUCCCGCACAAGGUUCCUCCUGAGGGCUCCCAGGCGCAUACAGAUCCCCUAUCUCAUCCUCCUCAAUACCUGGUGACGGGAUCUCAAGAUAGGACCGUCAAACGCUGGGACAUCACCAAGGAUGCGAAGGGAAAACUCCGAGCUAAAUACACCCGCAAAGCCCACGACAAGGACAUCAACGCCCUCGACAUCGACCCCUCCGGCACCCUUUUCGCCUCCGCUUCCCAAGAUCGCACAGUCAAGAUCUAUUCCGCCGCAGAAGGCGAAGCAAUAGGCGUCCUCCGCGGACACCGCCGCGGAGUCUGGACGGUCAAAUUCGCACCCAAGGAAUCGCAAGUCCCAGGGUCCAGCAGCAAAGGCCUCAUCGCAACAGGCAGCGGCGACAAAACCGUCAAAAUUUGGAAUCUCUCCGACUACAGCUGCCUCCUCACCCUCGAAGGCCACUCCAACAGCGUCCUGAAACUCGCAUGGCUUCCCUACCGCCCCGUUGACACCCGGGAUAGACGGGGUCCCCAAAUCGCCUCCGCUGCUGGCGACGGCCUCGUCAAGAUCUGGGAUACCUGUUCAGGAGAAGCAAUGACUACGUUGGAUAACCACACCGAUCGUGUCUGGGCUCUCGCCGCUAACCCGACAACCGGCGCGCUUAUCUCCGGCGGCGGCGACAGCGUCAUCACUUUCUGGAAGGACACUACUUCAUCCACGCUCGAAGCCGUCACCACGGCAGAAACGCAGCGCGUGGAACUCGAGCAGAAACUCGAAAAUUACACAUACGCGGGUAACUACCGCGAGGCCAUCACCCUAGCCAUCCAAAUGGACCAACCAGGUCGCCUCUUCGCGUUGUUCAAAUCCGUCGUCGAGACGGAGAACCCCGAUGAGGGAAGUCUCAUGGGCUUGAAACGCGUGGAUGAGGUUCUAGCGACGCUGUCGGACGAACAGUUGUACACGCUCCUCCUCCGCCUACGCGACUGGAACACGAAUGCUCGGACUUCUCCCAUUGCACAGAAAAUCCUGAAUGCGCUUGUGAAGUCGUAUCCGGUCUCUAGGUUGACGGGACUGAGGCCGAAGGGCAGGGUGGGCGCGAAGGGAAGUUUGAAAGAGGUGCUCGCGGGGCUGAUAGCGUAUUCGGAGAGGCAUUUUAAGAGGGUGGAGGAGUUGGUUGAUGAGAGUUAUUUGUUGGAGUUUACGUUGAGGGAGAUGGAUGAGGUUUUUGGGGGGAAGGGGGUGGGUAUGGGUGUGGAGGGGAGGGAGGUGGUCAUGGUGGAUCGGUAG